AUGUCCAUUUUUGAGACAUUACUAAAUAAUCUCUGUUAUGUGUCUGUUAUUCUGGAGGCAACCAAGUACUUGGUGGAUUCUGCACAACCGCUCGGCUAUCUGAAUGGACAGACAAACGUGGACAAAGAGCCUCUUCCUUCACAGGAGUGCAACCUCGCUGCUCUUUGUGAAAUGGCUAAAGAUCUCCCUCUGGUGGAGGAUGAGGAGCAGGAACGGGGCGCUCAGUUACUUGUUGGCGAGGAUGGCUGUACGUCUCACGUCGACUUGUUCUCUCAGGUGACAGAGAACAAGGCAAACUGGGCUACCGUGGUUACCCUGAUGGGAGAGGAGUAUGUAAUACCCCCACACACGGCUUUCCUGUUGUCUGAUUUCACGAGGAUACAGCCAUUAGUCCACUACGGAACAAGGUUCGACCUAAUCGUUAUGGAUCCACCAUGGGAAAACAAGUCUGUGAAAAGAAGUCGCAGAUACGGCUCGUUGCCCUCAUCCCAGCUAAAGCGGCUCCCUAUUCCCCUGCUGGCAUCUCCAAACUGUUUAGUGGUGACCUGGGUGACUAACCGGCCAAGCCACCUGCGUUUUGUCCGUGAUGAGCUGUAUCCACAUUGGGGCGUAGAAGUUGUGGCUGAAUGGUUCUGGGUCAAGGUCACCACAUUUGGGCAAUUUGUGUUUCCGCUAGACUCACCACACAAGAAACCGUAUGAAGUCUUGGUCCUGGGCCGAUAUCGUUGCUCUGCUGAUAUCUCAGAGAGCCCCUCAGAGACAUCAGAGGUGCCUGUGGAGGAUCAGCGUUUGAUUGUCAGUGUCCCAUCAGCUCUGCACUCUCAGAAGCCUUCGCUGUCAGAGGUGCUGAAGCCAUACAUUGGAGCUGAAGCCAAGUGCUUGGAGCUGUUUGCAAGAAGUCUUCAACCAGGAUGGACCAGUUGGGGCAAUGAAGUGCUCAAAUUUCAGCAUGUUAGAUAUUUCAAUUUGACACCUGUAGAUGAAAAAGCAGAAGUUGAAGAUGACCGCACAGCCAAAGAAAAACAAGCACAAGGGUUCGAUUCACCUGGGAAAACCUGACCUCCUGACCGGUGUCCCUCCACUGUGAGCCUGUGACUGACCUCUGACACCUGUUAGAUCAGCAAUUCAGUUUGUAUUUAACGGUGAUUCAGCGCCAAAAUGUUUCUCUACCAGUUUCUUUUGAUCUGUGCUCUUCAUGCAUGUGGGACCUUUGAUUUCUUUUUUUGGUCUGGGUGCAUUUUUAAGGUAGUGAAACACAAGUCUGAUGAGGCGGCUGGAGAGAUGAAAGUGCAUUUCAGUGCAGCUGUUUUGAACCCAGCUUCCCACGCUGCAAUCAGAUAAACAACACUCAAGUGGGGUUUUUUUGGUUUUUUUAUUUGCCUUUUUAGUAAUGUUUGGCACAUUGUGUGUCUUAAGGAUGAUCAAAGUAUUUCUAUUUUUACUUAUUUUAUGCUGUUUUGAGCUGAAUUUCAAAGAAGAAACACUUUCAUAGUGAAUGCAUGCUGGGUUGCUUAUCCUUUAAAGUUUUUUACUUGAACAAGCCACUGAUGUCUCCUUCACUCUGCCUUUUGUCCUGUCAAGGGCACCGGGUUCUGUCAUUGGAUCAUUUGUUCCUGAAUUCGUCCUCAUUUUUCAAUGAAAGAUGAACUUGUCCCAUGUCACACUUCUAACCAGCUAACCUGCCUUUUCCUGUUGACUCUCUAAUGAGUCUGUUGGUGUCUGCAUUUGGAUGAACGCCGCUGCCUUUGAGACAGAUCGGGAUGAGUUAUGGCCACUGCAGCGACGUACACAUCACAGCUAAUGAAGCCAGACCCUGUCUUCUGCAGGAUUACGUAUACAUCAUCUUGUCAAGUUCUCUACCUUUGUGUCUAUAACACACAUGGGCACAUUACUGUAUUCCUUACACUAUAUGUCACAGUGGCAUCAUCCAUUUAUUUGUGAAGUCCUGUUUUGUGGAUCUUAACAUUUUAAUAGAUUGAGUAAUAGAAGUGAGCAUAUUUGGAUAUUUGCAUAUUUGAAUAAGAGGGUUAAGUGCUGAUUCUGAAGAUGGGAUGAAUCGAUUAACCAUAGAGACCAAAGCCAGUUUUUAUAUUACGUUGUUAAAGUGCCUAUUUACCUGGUAAAGUUGGGCAUUUAAGGUUUUGCACAACGUGGGAUUAUAUGGGAAUUGACUUACUUUUGGUCCAUGAACAGAUAGAAAACAUAGAAGUAGCUUCCAGAUCUGAAAAGUGAUGUCAGCAUCGAAAUGCUUUGACCCUGUUUUCACAUCCACAAUGGGGGUGAAUCCUCAAAGGUGUUGAACUCCAGGCCUCGAGAGCCGGUGUCCUGCAGGUUUUAGAUGUGUCCUUGAUCCAAGACAGCUGAUUUAAAUGGCUAAAUGACCUCCUCAACAUGUCUCGAAGUUCUCCAGAAGCCUGGUAAUGAACUAAUCAUUUGAUUUAGGUUUGUUGACCCAGGGUGAUAUCUACCUGCAGGACACCGGCCCUUGAGGCCUGGAGUUCGACACCCUGCUCUAGCUGGUUCUGGUCCUAUAGAAAUCUAUGGAAAAAACAGCCCUCUUUCCUCAGUGAACUCUUUGCUCAUGACUUUAUAAGUUCAGUUACUCCUUUCAGGUCUUAGUCAAAAAAUAUUAACCAAUUAACAUUUUGCACAUUUUGGUCGUUCUAAGCAUGACAAAGGAAGAUUAUCCCGGAUCUGCUCAUUAGAUAACAAGUUGUUUACCAAUGGCCAUGCAGUUUCACAGUCAGAUUAACCGCUCACUUGUCAUACCUGGUUUCAAAUCCCUAAAAUGGCGAUAUGAGAAUCCCACCGCUCAAAGAUCAGUGACGGGACUUUACAAAUCAAAGCGUGGCUGCAGCCAUCUUUUAAACUCUGUGUGUUUUAGAGCCAGUCUCUUGUGGUCAUUGGAGGAACUACAGUUUUUGGGACUUUUUUUAAGGUGUUACUCAAAAUAAGUAAAGCUGUUUAACAUUACACAUGUUGCACAUGUAACCAGAAGGUCCAUAUUAAUAUACCUUUUAACUCCUGCCACUGUUGAAAGAUGUAAAUUUUCUGUUACUACCUUUGUGUGUCUUAAACUAAGCAUUUUUUUAAAACUUGAAUUGAGAACAUGCUGACAUACUGCUUUCUUUUUUCUUAACACUGUUUGCUGACCUGUUGACAGUAGAGGUUGGUGGAUCGAUCCAAAUAUCGAUAGUUUAAAUACCAACGUUGAUAUUGGUAUCAGAUCGAUGCUAGCGCAAUAGGAUCGAUACUGUGUUUCUAUCCCUAAAGUUUAGUAUGUAGCCCAUGAACUGUGAUAAAUAAAUGCAUUUUGUU